AUGUCAUCAUCUAACGCUAGCUGUCGUCUGGAUCCCUUUCCAACUUGGUUAGUGAAGAAGUGCGUAGACCAACUAGCGCCUCUUAUCACUAAAAUGAUCAAUUCAUCUCUGGAAAGCGGUACUGUUCCUGAAAAUUGGAAGGUUGCGCUUAUUGUACCAAUCCUAAAGAAGUUUGGUCUUGACUUGGUAUUUAUGAACUUUCGUCCAAUCAGCAACUUGCCUUUUGUUUCUAAAACAGCUGAAAAGGUCGUUGUCUUGCAAAUCCUUGAUCAUUGCUCUGCGCAUGCACCUCUAGCUGCCUGUCAGUCUUCCUACCGUAAACACCACUCGACUGAGACAGCACUUCUCAAGGUACAAAAUGAUAUCCUCCUAAGUAUGGAUCGGCAAGAAGUUACACUCCUUGUCUUGCUAGAUUUAAGUGCUGCUUUCGACACCAUCGACCAUGACAUCAUGAUUAAUUUGUUGGAGAAUGACUUCGGUAUAACGGAUCAGGCUCUUUCUUGGUUAAAGUCUUUCCUGUCUGGCAGAAAGCAGCGCGUUGUUAUUGGGCAACAACAGUCUGAAGAUUUUGACCUUAUCAGUGGAGUUCCUCAAGGAAGUUGCCUUGGACCAAUACUGUUUAUUAUGUACACUUCUCAGCUGUUCAUCUUGUCAAGAAGCACCUACCAACGGCUCAUGGUUACGCGGAUGAUACAAAACUAUAUCUAUCGUUUCGUCCAAUUUCGACCGUAUCGCAAGACCACGCCAUUCAGGCAAUGGAGGACUGCAUUAGUGACAUUCAUAACUGGACGACUCAUCAUAGGCUCAUGAUGAAUGAUGACAAAACUGAAUUUCUGAUUAUCGGAUCCCGGCAGCAAUUGGCCAAGAUUAACAUCAGUAAUGUUCAUGUUGGUUCCUCAGAGAUCCUGCCAGUUAAUUCUGUGCGUGACCUGGGAGCUUGGCUUGACGAAACCAUGUCUAUAGAUGUUCACAUUGGGAAAAUCUGUAGCAAAGCCUUUCGUGGACUGUAUAAAAUCAGGCAAAUCAGAAAGUUCCUGUCGGAGGAGUCUACAAAGACGCUUAUUCAUGCCUUCGUAACAGUGCAUCUGGAUUACUGUAACUCUUUGCUGUCCGGAGUCCCACAGCGGCAGAUGGAUCGUCUUCAAAAAGUUUUUAAUGCUGCCGCACGGGUAGUUUACUAUAUCCCUCGCUAUGCGCAUAUCACACCAGUAUUGAUGCGACUCCACUGGCUCCCUAUAAGCUAUCGGAUCAAGUUCAAGAUCGCUCUACUAGUUUUCAAAGCCCUGAAAGAUAUGGCUCCAACAUAUAUACGUGAAUUACUUGAACUGAAGCCACUAUCUAGGUACGAUCUGCGCAGCGAUACUCAGAAUAUUCUAAAGGUUCCACGUACUAAAUGUAAAACUUUCGGAGACCGACCUUUCGCUGUAGCAGGGCCUAGAGUAUGGAAUCAACUUCCACUUGACAUUAGAACAAGUGCUACUGUGGACACUUUUAAGAACAGACUUAAAACUUAUUUUUAUAAAUUAGCUUUUUUAUAAUACGAUUAUUAACUUUUUAUAUAUUUCAUCAAUUAGAGACAACUAAAUUAGUAGAACCUUUUUGUAAUAUGUUUUACAUAUGAUAUUAUGUAUUACUUUUAUAUUUUACUGUAUGUAAAGCGCUUUAGAAUAUUUAUAUAAUUUAAGCGCUAUAUAAAUAACUGUUAUUAUUAUUAUUAUUAUUAAGCCAGAUAAAUCCAAUAAAUGAUAUAUCAACCUCGUACCCAGGGCUUCUGCGCUCAUACACUGCUCUCAGAAGGGAGAGCAAUAAGCGCAGAAGCCCUGCGCAGAUUACCUUAUUUUAAUAGCCCCAGCGACUAAACGCUCAACAGAGCGUCUUGUUACAACUUAAUUACGAAUCGAACACAAGCAUAAUGUACGUGCGCAGUAAUCGGAAGGCAUCUUCGGACGGCUGUGGAUUUAGUGGCACUAAACACUUUUUAUAUAUUGCGAAAGUCACCUCCCAUAUGUUGCCCGUACAUGCAAAAACGUAAUUAUAAGCAACCGGAAUGCUUUCGAUUGAUAUUUUUCAUGUUGCUACAAGGUUGUCCUUAACAAAUUUUUAGGAAGUUUUUGGGCGUAAUUUCGCGACAAUAAGAAAUUACCAGAACAACUACUUGUAACAAACAUGUUGAGGAAACAUUAAAAAUGGGCUUUACGGCAGGUUCUUAGAGUCAAGGUAUACAACGAAAAGAUUCUCAGGCAGCGUAUCCCUAGCCAGGAAUAUGAUCUUAUUCUGUUAAGCAAUGCUACUACAUGACAAUUUCCUGUGUUUCGUUAAUUUAACCCAAUAAUUUGUGUAUAAAUGUUGCAGACCUAAUAGAUGGAGCAAGUGCCCAGUUGGAUAUUUUCUAAAUGGCUUACAAAGCCCGCUUCUGGAGAAAAGUCACUUGGCCAGCAUAGCUGAUGCUAAAUGUUGCAAACUGCAGGGAUUUCCUGGAGAUUAUUCAGAUUGUUACGAAGAAGAUGUUUCCAAAAGUUUUCACUACGACAAGGCAGGAAUGUCCCAAUGUUCCAAGGAAAGAUAUUUUAUUGCAGGAUUGUAUAAAGCCAAUUGUAAUCAAAUGUAUUGUAUUGGUAAAUUCUUGUGUUGUCGAAUGGAAUACAUAUGA